UUUCAAAACAUUAUUCCAAAAAAAAAAACAAAGGCCAUUUCUGAUAAUCGAUCAAAUAUUUGAUUUUGUUGUUAGUCGAAAAUGUCAUUGAAUCCUAAAUUAUUUGCUCAUGGAAUGCCAGCACCAUUUCUCAAUGAAUUGUUCGUCUUUGCUAGCGAUGGAAUUGAAUUUCAGAUCGAUAACAUUCCUCGUUUAGGAGAAGUACAAACAAAAGGAACCAUUUACUUAUCGAAUAUCCGGAUGGUCUUUGUUGCAAAGAAUCCUAGGGACAACUUCAUUGCUUUUGACAUUCCCUUGCUUUUUGUUCAUGGCGAAAAAUUAAAUCAACCAAUAUUCUUCUGCAAAAACAUUUCUGGAUAUGUAAAUCCGGUUAUACCAGCUAAUGCUAACGAAGACAGCAUAAUUCCUCAUUCGUUUAAAAUUAUGUUCAAGGAAUGUGAUUGUGAGGCUUUCACUCCAUUAGUUUUCAAAUUAAUUGGAAAAGUGAGACGACGUUACAGACGGUCAAGGGCAAAGCAUCGCGUAGAUCCUCUUCAUGAAGCAACCAAAACACCAGUCGAUGAGAUGACGAGAUAUGCCUAUGUCGAUCCCAAUGAUUCGACAAGUAUCUUCUUGCAGCUGCAGCCUACUCCAAAGUCUCGACUCGGGUGUCGUAUGAAUCAGUCACAGCCUACUGCUGAAACAUCCAUAUAGCUCUUGCUUCAGCACAUUUCUGAGCUACAACCUCUGCAGUAACAUUGAUAAGUACCACAAUUAUAGCAAGAACAACUAGUUUGUAGCCUUGCAUGCAUGCCUGCUCCUCUCAACAAAUUCGUUAGUUUUUCUAUUUCAUGCUCGUUCCGUGCUGGAAAUACUUGUACAUCAUAUCCUAUUUCAUGCCCGUUACGUGCUGGAAAUACUUGUACAUUGCCAGUACCUUUGCCAUUGCGUUUGCCAGUCCCAUUGCCACUAUUGCCAUUGUUGUUGCCAUUGCCAUUGGUUGCUGCAGUAGUAAUGUGAAGGUAACUAAGUCCCAAAAUCAUCAACAACAACAAAGUCAUGGUUGUUAGUACUACUUUUUUUGCCAUGGUUUAACUAAUUAAGUUGACAAUUGUAUAAUAAAAAUGUGU